ACACUUGAUGAGUACAUUUCAGUUGUCUGUGCAUACGUAUGACUACUACAAGCCCUAUUGGACUUACGAAUAACGAAUUGACUGUUAAAUUAGUAAAUAGUGAUUAUAUUGUCAGCGAACCAAUUACUGUGGAUACGUCAUCUAUGGAUGUGGAUUCAAAUGGAACAACUCCAUGGGAUACAGGAUCUAUUAUAAAUAAUCAACCAGUUGUAUAUAAUGAUGAAAUAACAAUGAAAAGAAAUGAUUUAGAAUUAAUCACAUCACAUCAAACUGACUCUACUAAUCUGACUCCAGUUAGUAAUUCUACUAAUAAUAACAAUAAUAAUAGUAAUAACUUUUCAAAUACUACUUGCAAAAUGAAUACAUUAUCUUAUAUACCGCCAGGAUUAAUAUCUGUUAUGAAUGAAUCCAAAUGUUUGACAGUAUGUGCUAUUGGACAUUUUUCAGUCGGUCAUACAUGGGGACCAUAUCUUAUUCACAUUGGUUCAGAACUUAGACAAAAGCUUAUAGCUUACUCAACAGAAAUUGAUCCUGAUUUUUUAGUUACGUUAACUGUAAAGAGCAAAGAUUCUAGUCAUGAAAACGCGAAUAGUUUAAUUGUUGGAGAAGAGCAUACAUGGAUAAGAGUUAUACACGAGACCGGUCUUCAUUCUGAUAAGAAUGAACAUAAUUUGGAUAUUUUAGUUGAUCCUAUUUUGAAAACAAUCACAUUACAAACUAGAUCAGAUAUUAAUCCACAAGACUUCCUGAUAGGUGUGGUACGUAUUGUAUCAGACAAUCAGAAAGCCGAACAAAUAACAAUGUCAAGUGGUCAUAAUUCAACGUUAUAUAACAACACAAAGUCAUCAACAUCAACUUCUAUCUUAACAUCGUCUUCAAACAAUUUACCUUCUACUGGACCUAGGCGGGAUAAGAAGUGUACACACUGUGGAAUAUCAUUUUCCAAUCUGGAUACUUUGAACGCACAUAUGGCACAUUACUGCUCUCGAAGACCAGGACUAGUUUCAUCUACUUCAGCUGGUGUUCAGCCAUCAGUGUCUGUAUCUGUCACACACUCUGACACUUCGACAAAUAAAAGUACAAAUAAUAAGUUCAACAACCAACGACAGAAUUCAUCUCAAUCUUUUGGAACUAAUGCACUAGGUUCCAAUUUUCCCGUUAACUCAAGUACCUCCGUGUCUGCUGCCAAAUAUAGCACGAUGGCGGAAAAUAACUCCGAAUCGAAUCCAGUAAAUAUGCGUGAUGAAAGUUUAUUUGACCCAAUUCAAAUGAGUAAUUUAAUUAAUCCUACAUUUUUAAAUUUAUUUGGAGUCGGUGAUACCACAUAUCUUUCUCAAAUGUUUCAAAAUCCAUUGGCUUACUUUAUGCUUCCGAUGAUAUCACGUCUUAUUCCACCAAUAAGUCUCGAUACUCAAGGAAAUGAAUCAAAUUUGAAUAUUCCCUUAUGCAAUCAAUCUGUUAACCAUACCUUAUCUCCGACAGCUAUGAAACAACCGCCAUCAACGUCAGAUAAGAUGAAAAGAAAUCACUCAUCUGAGUUUACAACAAAAAUUGAUUCAUCUGACACUCAUAUAAGCCCUACUCAACUCAAUGCGUCAAGCAUUCAAAAUAAUAAGGCUCAUAAUUUAGAGCACCAGGCACCAAGAGUUCUUUUUUGUCCCAACUGUCAACAGUUAUAUGCAUCCCAGUAUCUUUCUACAUUUCCACCUAAUUCAAAUAAAUUAGAACCUCUUAUGAUAAAUCCCAGUGAAACGUGUUUGAUGAAUCAAAAUAUUGAAAGCGUAGGCAAUAUGUUAAGUAGCAACGAUAUGGUGUGGACUUUAUCACAACUUUCGGCUGUGGCUCAUCGAUUUGGACUAAUACUUGCUGCACCAUUAGUAACGGCAAAUGGUUUGCAGUACAUUCCUGUUAAUUUAAACUCUAAACUUCCAGAAAGACAUAAUUCAGAAAGGUAUCAAAACAAUGAGAGCGUUAAUGGUUUUAAAAAUACUAAUAAUACCACUAAUAAUAAUAGCAAUUUCCAAACACUGAAUAAUAAAAGACAAUGUACUACACCAAUUUCAUCAUGUGAAUUUAUCAAUGAUUCAUUGAAUUCUUCAAAUAAUAGUAACAAUUCCUCGGUGACAUUAUCACCUUCAAGUUAUUUAACUAAUUCUACAAACUUCUUUGGUAAUAAACAACCUGAAGCACCAUUAUCUCGACUAAAUACUUCAAAUAUAUUGGAUUUAUCAGCGAAUCCAUCUAAUCCUCAACUAUUAAAUUCCUUUAAAUUGUACAACACAAUAAAUGAAUUCACAGAUAGCCAGCAACAACAAAAUUACUGUCAAUCGCAAUUAUUUUCACAGAAGAAAAAAGAACAUUUUGAUAUUAUGAAAGAUUCUAGUUCUUGUUCUAAUGGAACUCUUAAUCAGCCUAAUAAUUCAUUACUAAAAGUCCCAUGUCAUACAGAAGACAAUCGUAAUGAUUUUGUACCUUCAUUAGAUAAUCAAACACCCAUUGAGAAUAAUAAUAAUAAUGUGGACAAAAAUUUACUUCACUCAUUUUCUCAAAUGUUAUCACAAGCAAGUGGAUUAUCAACUAAUUCACAAACAAUACCAUUUCCAUUUAACGUCAACCAACUUUUAUUUAUGCUGUAUGCUUCGUUAGCAACUAAUUCAAUGAAUAUUCAGUCAUCGUUUAAUCUAAAUGCAUUGAUGACCGAACCCGCGUCAAGUAAUGUCACUAAUGUUAUUCCACCUGACACAACAUCACAUUCAGUUAAUCCACCGACCUCAAAUAAUACCCUGAAUUCUAUUGUUAAAACGAUUACAGAUAACUGCGAUAACGGUACUAACAAUUCCACUUUUACUAAUAGUAUUCAUAGCAACAUGUAUAAAAAAUUUUCUUCUUUAUCAUCUAUACCAUUUUCCCCAAUGUGUAUCAAUCCUUUAAUUUCUUCAUCGUCUGACCAAUUAAUAAAUACAUCAAGUAGCAAUACAUUACAAAACACAUUCCCCAUCCUGACAACAUCGAUGACCACUGUUCCUACCGGUGUAAUCAACAACAUACCAAUAAAUUCCAGUCAAAAUUUCACUUGCACGUCUCCAUCUGUGAAUAAAUUAGAACCAAAUUCAACUGGUAUUAACAGUACCAGUGUUAAUGAUAUUAGUAAUAAUAGUAAUUCAUCAGUUUUAAAUUUGCUUCCAGCUCUUAAAUUGUUAGGAUCAAUAUUUCCUCAAUUUUCAACGAUAGAACAAAACCAUCAACAACACCAACGUCAACAACACGAACCUCAAAUACAACAGAUAAAUCCUGAUUCAUGCUCUAGUUCAAAACAGAGCAAGUUAUCAACACGAGGAAUAAAUACAGAACAACUGAUUAGUCCAGCUACAUCACCACAACCAACGGUUUUAAGACCUUAUUUGUGCAAAUUUUGUCGGACUCGUUUCCAGGCAUUUAGUACUUUCCAGGCCCAUCAACAAUUCUAUUGUCAAGGUCGAAAAGAAGUUAUGAAACAGUUACACACAUCCACUACAAAUCCAGUUACGUCACAUGUACCUACCUCCCCUGGUAAUCAUACUGUUUUAAACUGCGCCACAACUACCGGUUCACCAGCUAGUAAGCGUCGCUGUACUACAACUGACAGUCUUUCAUCUACUGGUCACAACCUAAAUCAUACUGGAAAUUCUUCAACCAAUCAGACAAAUUCGUCUACAUCUAGUAGUGGUGAUGAAGCUGAAAGCGUUAAAAGUAAUAGGUUAUCACCAUCAGGUUCGAAAUUGUCACCAAAUCGUAAUUUACAAAUCAAUCAAGAAGUUAAUACAGAUUGUGAAACAGAUCAAUCAAAUUCAACUCAUUGGGAACCUUGUGGAGCAACUGAACUACGUUGUUCUGCAUGUGGUUACGUUGGUCAAACCCCACGUGGCAUGAAAAUGCACAGAAAACUUCAUGAAUGCAACGGUACCACAUCAAAGUAAGUUUUCGUAUAGAUUAAUUUAUAGCUAGUCAGUUAUACUGAAAUAAAACAGCUUCUGUAACAUGAAUGUAAUUGUGAUCAUUAUGAGAAAUAGGGUUUUGGUGCAUUAGAUUUACGUCUACAUUAUAUGGGUUUAAAUGCAAAGGCAUUAAAUUCUUUUGGCUAAUCUAGGUUUUUAAAUACCUAAUCUCUAAUCCUGCUUAUGAAUAGCAAUAAACUCACAGUCAUAAAUAACAACAAGAAGGAUACUGAGAUCCCAAUAAAUUUCGUAACAUAAAAUCCAUAUCUUUAAUUAGGAACAGCCAUAAUUAUGCUAAAUAACGUAUGCAAUAAAUCUUUAAGUAGGUCGCAAAAAUCAAGAAUUAGAGAGUAUUUCAAUCUUGUGAUAGAUAAAGUUCCAUACCGUUACUAACUAAUUGUUGGAGUCUAAUGUUAGAGUAACUGCUGAGUCGCUAGCAGCCCCUACUAAUAGUGUAAAUACCUUAUGUAUAGGUUAGUACCAUUUCAAAUGGGAAAUGAAUAAUAUAAGUUAGAUUUCAAAAAAGGGUUAAAAUGUACACAGCGGUGGUCAUUAUUAUUUAUUUGGACACAUAGAUAUUGGUACAAAGGGGCACCAGAUACAUAUGCGCCUGUGAUACUACCCGGGUGCCCAAACCGAAGCAAGUGGUUUUCAUAGGGGGCCACACACGGAGCCUUCGACCUACAGGUCUAAUCCACAAGACAGUGGAGCAACGUCAGGAGAUGUAGUCCCAUGGUAGCCAGUGACCAAUAAUUGGUUUAUAGGCCAUUUGUUCCUUCAUGAUACCAGAGCUCAUGUGCACCAUUGGUUUGGAAUCAGGGUUUUCCAACUUCCCUAGGUGGACUCUCCGUAUCCACCAACCCUGUUAAAGCGCCGAACAUUCGCCUUUCAUUCUCUCAAUUUUGUAAACAACACCCCUGCCAUGAUAAGGCAUUGAGUAGGACUUCCCUGGAAGUAGUUGUAUACGCGUGUUUAUGUGGAAGUAUUUCGAGAGGGAGAGUGAACUCUCCCCGCUCUCGGCCGUAUCAGGGCAUUUUUGGGCUGAUUAUUCAUUUAUAUUAUCCAAUGGUAUUUAUUGUAAUGCCUACACUUAAUAGUAGUCAUUGUAUUGUUUUUGUUUAAAAAAACUGAUUAUUUACAUGUUUAUACUGUAUUUUCUAAUUGAAGAAAUCCUAAAUCUACUUGUGAAGUAAAGAUCAAUGAAAUGAAGACAGAAAAUGAUAUUCUCACUAAAAAUUUCGAUAUAAAUCUACAUGUUAGUAAUGAUCAUAAUUCACCUCUAAUAAAUAAUAUAAAAAAAUUACACAAAGGAACGAAUGACAAUAAUAAUAAUAAUGCAUUUUUGGAUGAUUUUGUUAAAAAAGAACAAUUAUGAUUAAAAUCAUCAUUAUAUGAAUAUUAGUUCUAUUCUCAUCAUUAGAAAACUACAAAACGAUAAUGAAAAAUAACAAAUACAAUGUAUUUUAUUCUGAUAAAUUACACUGCAUUUGUUACUAUUUCAAUGGAAUGGAAUAUAAUAAACAAUAAUUCAUUCAUGUAUUAUUAAUUAUUAGCAUUAUUGAUUUUACUUUAUUACUUAUCUUUUGUUUUCUUUUUUUUUGAAAUUUUUUUUACUUGCUAACUUUCUAUCUUCCUGAUGAGCAUAAUCAUCACCACUACUAGUAUUUCAACUGUAUUUUCUUCUUUCGAUUGUACAUGAUGAAUGUUGGAAGUGAUUUCAACUUCCCUUAGAAUACAAAAAUUUUUUUUUAAAUGAUAUAUUUACUAUUCAUUGAAUUUGUCUACUUUUGAGUUAACUACUUGCAAGUAGACCCAUUUUUAUUUAAUUAUUUUAUUUGAACUUGAAAUUGAUGUCAACCUGGUUCACAGAGAUGUUCACUCAUUAAUAUGAGAUUUUAAUAGAAAAGUUAGUUACUUUGAUGAAGGGAAGGGUUCAUAACUUCUAUGAGUCAGUUUGUUAAAAUCCAUUCUAUUGAUCAGAACCAACAAACAGUUAAUCUUAGAAUUAUAUAAGAAAAUAUGGAAAAUUUAACUCUAUACGAAAUUAUGUAAUUGUCUGAUUCUACAUUUUACAUGAUAUAUGCAGAAAAUGAAGUUAGAACAAAUAGAAAUCAAUAGAAGUUGAAGUGGUGACCAUCAAAUAAACGGGACUUAUAGAUGUUAAGUAACAGCCACGAUAUAUGGAGGUUUUUGAUUUAACUAACUACUAAAUAGUGGAAUUAAAUAUGUCUGGAAAUGCAUCAAUAUACUGUAAUUUAGUGGAAUAAUUGGAAUAUGCUUUAUUUAUUUGAACACAUAAAUAUUGGUGCAAGGGGGCACCAAAUAUAUAUGCGCCACACAAAACAAUGAUAAUUUG